AUGUCACGUCACCACCACCGUUUUGAGAGGGAGUAUCGGGGUGCGUGGGAACGUAGAGAUCGACCUCCUGGACAUCAUAACGGCAUUGCAAAUAGUGGCUGUACCCCUGCUGCCCCCGUGGUCGCCAAUGGAAACAACCGCCCGGGACUCCUCCCCCUGCCUGUUAUCCCCUCCCUCCUCCCCACCCCAGUCACCAUUGCCGUGACGACGGCUAGUUCUGACCUGGUCACCAAGAGACUUCCUUCUUCUGCUCCAACACCUGCCGUGAAGGCUGCCGGGCUCUCACCUGGUGAGAACCAGACUCCGGGCCUCCUCUUGGCCCCAGGGGUUCGAUGGGGCCAGACGCCCAUCAACCAGUCUACUCCAUGGGAGACUGAUGAGCCACCGGUCAAACAGCACAGAGAGAGUGACGCCAGUGGGCCUCCAUGGGUACCUCCUGUGGUGGCAGUGAGUCAGUCAAGCCUGCUGUCUCACUCUUACGGUCUGCCCCAACCUCCUGCAUACAGUCAAGGAGUGUCUGUCCAAUCACCUGUCAUAGGCGUGACCCCUGCCAUCCAGACUCCAGUUCCUCCGCACCAUCCGCUAAUGACGGCGCAUUUCCAGCUGCCACCCCAUUCCUCCCAACCGCCCGGUGGCCUGCUACUCAACCUACAGAGCCAAUCGCCUUAUGCUACCACCCAGCCACCUGUCGCACCCUCACCUCUAACCACCAGUGGCCAAGUGGCCCAUCCCACCCCACAGGCCAUUAUGGGCAACGGGCACAUGACUCACCCACUGAUGCAACCGCCCGCCUUGCCUUCAGCCACCCUGCCCAUGACCAAUGGGCAGACGACACCGCAGCCGGCGCCUGCCGUAGCCAAUCAGGAGAAUACAAACGGGCUUCAGAUGCUUCGCACCGUAGGGAUGGGCAAAUAUGAGUUUACAGAUCCAGGGCAUCCGAAAGAGAUGUUGAAGGAAUUGAAUCACCAGCGGACAGAGAAAGAAUUUACAGACCUGAAAAUUAUAGUUGAAGGCAAAGAAUUUGAAGUCCACCAAAAUGUUCUAGCUUCCUGCAGCUUGUAUUUCAAGGACCUGGUGAAAAGGUCAUCCAGGGAAGCAGGGAGUGGUGAAAAAUUGGAGCUGAAGAUGGGAAACGUUGGGGCAGAUGUGUUGGAAUUGCUGCUAGAGUUUGUCUACACAGGCUCGCUGGUCAUCGAUUCCGCCAACGCCAAAACCCUGCUAGAAGCCGCCAAUAAGUUCCAGUUCAACACCUUCUGCAAAGUCUGUGUCUCCUUCCUUGAGAAGCAGCUGACAGCUGGGAACUGCCUAGGGGUUCUGGCAAUGGCCGAGGCCAUGAAUUGCACGGAGCUCCAUAACAUGGCUAAAGCCUUCGCCUUGCAGAACUUCCCCGAGGUGGCAGGUCAGGAUGAGAUCCUCAGUAUCUCCAAAGAAGACCUGGUCAGCUACCUGUCGAACGACAGCCUCAACACUAAGGCCGAGGAACUUGUCUACGAGACCAUCGUCAAGUGGAUUAAGAAGGACCCAGCCAACAGAGUCCAGCACAUAUCUGAGUUGCUGGCAGUGGUGAGAUUGCCCUUCAUCCACCCUAGUUACCUGUUGAAUGUGGUUGAUAAUGAAGACUUGAUAAAGUCAUCAGAGGCAUGUCGUGACCUGGUCAACGAGGCCAAGCGCUACCAUAUGCUUCCUCAUGCCCGCCAGGAGAUGCAAACACCCAGGACCAGGCCCAGACUGUCUGCAGGAGUUGCCGAGGUGAUAGUCCUGGUCGGAGGGCGACAGGCCAUUGGCAUGAAUCAAAGAUCCCUGACAGCGGUCACCUGCUUCAAUCCGCAGAAUAGCAAAUGGUACCCCCUCGCCAGCCUGCCCUUCUACGACCGCGAGUUCUUCAGCGUAAUCUCAGCCGGGGACAACAUCUAUCUCUCAGGUGGCACGGAGUCCGGUGUGACAGUGGCUGACGUGUGGUGCUACAUGUCUCUGCUGGACAACUGGAACCUGGUGUCACGUAUGACUGUGCCCCGCUGUCGACACAACAGCCUGGUGUACGAUGGGAAACUCUACACCAUUGGAGGACUAGGCGUAGCAGGAAACCUGGACCACGUGGAAAGAUAUGACACUAUCACUAAUCAGUGGGAGACAGUCUCCCCACUACCCAAGCCGGUGCACUCCGCAGCUGCGACCGUUUGCGGGGGAAAGAUUUAUGUUUUUGGUGGGGUGAACGAGGCUGGACGUUCAGCUGGAGUUCUGCAGUCUUACGUCCCUCAGACCAACACCUGGAGCUUCAUAGAGUCGCCUAUGAUUGAUAAUAAGUAUGCUCCUGCUGUGAGUCUCAACGGCUUCAUCUUCAUCCUGGGUGGAGCAUAUGCCAGAGCGACCACAAUCUAUGACCCAGACAAGGGGAACAUCAAAGCCGGGCCCAACAUGAACCAUUCCAGGCAGUUCUGUAGUGCAGUGAUCCUGGAUGGGAAGAUUUACGCCACCGGGGGCAUUGUGAGCAGCGAGGGCCCCGCGCUAGGCAACAUGGAGACCUUUGACCCUUGUACAAACAGCUGGACACUCCUACAGAACCUGCCCUGCCCGCUCUUCAGACACGGUUGUGUGGUCAUCAAAAAAUACAUCCAGAGCGGCUAA